AUGGUUAACGAUGGUGCUUUCCUUUCGAGUAGUGUUAGGAGUUGUAGGAGGCAUAAUACGAGAAGGCACCGGCUAGCAGACUCCGCGCGUCCUGUGAAUCGGUGUGGACGUUACUUACAGCUUUUUCAAAUUUUCCAGCAGAAUCAUUAAAAUUGUCUUGUUCCAUUGCCGUAAGCCGAGUACUAUUAUACUACGCAGCAGCGCAGGAAAGUGAAGAUAUAGUUCUGUCGAUCUAUUUGACGAUGGGGGCUAAUCUUAAUAAUAUUGUUGCGAUGAAUGCACAAGAGCGCGGAAUCUAUCUUAAUAUGCCUUCGAGUAGCAGCAGCAGCGACUCAAACAGUGACGUAGGUUCAGUUCGUUCAGAAUCAAGUUCUGAUAACUCAAUGUUUAGCUCUCAAAGUGAAUCAGAAGAAGAAAGCGAAGAGGAGGAAAUGGGUGAGAUGUUUGCUGCCUAUGAAGAAUUGUUGUUUGGUGCCCCUCAAGCAAGGAUUGAAAACUUCCUAGAGGUAGUUCAUGAAAAGAGUGAUGAACAAUUUCGGAAAGAUUUUAGACUUCAUCGUGCUGUGGCUUAUGACCUCAUUGGCUCUUUGGAUGCCAGUGGUUUUAUCCCUAAUCAUCCUGAAGGCAAGGAGAAGAAAAGUGCUGAGCUCAGUUUCUUACUUUUUCUUUCACUGGUGAGCUCUGAUGAAGUAUUCAGAGAAACUGCAAAUUUAUUCGGAUGUGGCACAACAACUGUGUUUAGAGUGAUACGAAGAAUCACUGAAUGGAUUCUUACCAUUAUGCCUGAGCAUAUUGUGUGGCCCAGAGGGGCAAAUAUUCAACAAACUGCUGAUGACUUUGCUCGUAGAGCUGGUAUUGAAAAAUGUAUUGGUGCAAUUGAUGGGUCUCACAUAUUUAUUGAAAAACCUAUUGACUAUGGCAGGGUUUAUUGGUGCCGCAAAGAGAGGUACUCUAUUGUUCUUCAAGCUGUUGUAAAUUUUGACAUGUUGUUUACGAAUGUACAUUGUGGUGACCCAGGCUCCUUCCAUGACACCCGUGUUCUGAGGAGAUCGGAAUUGUACAAUACUGCAGAACGCAACCUUGAGGAUCUCUUCCCCAAUGAGACAUUCCUACUAGGGGACAAAGGCUAUGUUGGUGUUGGUACAAAUUGGAUAGUGACUCCCUUCAAAGACUUUGGCAAUCUUACUGCUGAACAAAUUGAUUUCAAUGUAAGAGUUUCCUCAACGCGCGUUGUAGUUGAACAGGCUUUUGGUAUUUUAAAGAGUCGCUUCAGAUAUUUGAGAGGGAUUAUGAGACUAAGGGAUGUCGGCUUUGCUGCAAGAUUAGUUGUGGCUUGCUGUGUUUUGCACAAUGUGUGUAUAAGGAGUGGUGAUGAUGCGGAUGAUUUCAUUCAUGAUGAUGAUGACAGUGGUUCUGAGGAAGGAAAUGGAAGUGAAGGCAGAGAUUCAGAUGAUGAUGAUAUUGUUCCUGCCCCGAUUCAGAAUAACCGAAACCGAACUCGUGAUCUCUUUGACCAAAUGUAUCCAGUUAUUAGGCAUGCAAACAAUGUGUAGUAUGUAGUAUUUCUAGAUAUUUGAGGAUGUGGAACCCUGUGAAAAUUUGUAUAGUUCUUACUUAAACUUGUUGAAUUCUGGAUAAAGCAUUGGCAUGUGUGACUGGAAAAAGACAGCAAAUAACAAAACGCUACUUUUAUAAAAAUAAGAAA